AUGAUAGCCGGUGGUUCGCUGCUUCUAUGUCUGCGAAUUUCCUGUUGAGAGACAGACAAGGUCCUAAUGUAAGACAUAGAGAGCCAACAGGAGAGGAGGUUGUUUUAGUGGCAUUGGGGGAUUUAGGAAAAAGUAACAGACGUUUUACCAUGAACCGGGCCUGGACCUUUUUCAAGGCUCAUCCUUACAUCAGCAACGUCCUGGGAUACACGGCGCUGUUUGCCUCAGCUGACCUCAUACAGCAGAGUGUCCUGGGUAAAAAUCCCACUGGAUCUGAGUCUGAGGGGUCAGCCCAGAUCAACUGGUGUCAGACAGCUCGAGUGGCGGCUGUGGGGCUGUGUUUCCAUGCCAACUUUAACUAUCACUGGCUCAGAGGCCUGGAGAGGAUACUGCCAGGGAGCGGAGCGAAGGCGGUGAUGAAGAAAGUGGUUCUGGAUCAGCUGAUUGCAGCUCCUGCUACUAUCAGUGCUUUUUAUAUUGGUUUAAGUUUAUUAGAAAACAAAGACGACCCACUUGAAGACUGGCGACAGAAAUUCUGGAUGUCUUACAAGGCUGGGGUCGUGUAUUGGUCAACAAUGCAGGUGACAUACUUUACUUUUUUGUUCACACAUUCACUAAAGAGAAAUGUACAAAGGAUGUUGAUUGUCAAACCUUGCUUUCCUCUCUUGUUUCUGUUUUAGGCUGUGAAUUUUGUCUUCAUUCCUCCUGUGGCUCGUACUGCAUUUGUGGGAGGAAUCGCUCUGACUUUUACCAUCUUUCUGUGUCAUCUUAGACAGCAGCAUAGAAACAACCCCGCAUAAAUUCAACACUCAUUUUCUAGAGAUUGCUUAUAAAAUAAUGGAAUUAACUGAAGCUCAAUCUCUCAAAUAUAUACUCUCUAUGGAAAUAAUAACAUUGCUGUAUUUUUUAAUCAGCUGAUCCUGUUUGUUUAAAUCUACAAACAAAAAAUAAGUAAAUGAAUGCAGAAAUGGCUGGCCUUAAUUAUUUUUGCUGCCCUUGAGAUGUUUGACCUGAAUGAGUUAAGAGCUGUGGUGUGUAAACUGCCUUAACCUCAUUGGCAAGUGUGUAGUUUUCUUUCUCCACAUAAUCAUGAAAUCAAUGUGAUUCCUAUCCCAUCUCACUCUGCUGUUAUUUGUCUUAUAAUGCAUAAAAUUCAUUAUGUAGAUUCAUAUUGUUUGUUGUUCUGUUUAAGUAUUCCUGGAUGCAGUGCUCCUGUGUUCCCUCUUGUGUGCAAAAAAGGUAGUUUAAUGAAAACAGCUGUCCACUGUUGUUAUAUACUCAUCCAAUAGGAGUGAAGCAAGUCAAUGACUAGAUGCAAUCAUUAUAGGCAGUCUGUCUUUAUGAAUGAUUAAAUCUAACUUUAUUAA